AUAAUUUGCGGAAAGUCGAUUACGUAACACUAACAGACAGACCGAGUCAGCUGUUCAUGCACCUGGAAAAAGACUGGAUGAAUGCAUGCAUUUCGACGCGGCAUCGGACUCAUUAGCAGGACGUGGACUAUCAACAUUUAUUCAUCUUAUCGCAUGAGAUCAUGUGCCGUAUGUGGUGAAGAAGUCUCAAUGGCAACAUCUUCUAUUUCAUCAUCCGGAGUCUCGUGUGAGGAAGAUCCUCCAGUUAUGACAGAAAACAUCCUGGUAGACUCGAUGCCAACAAGAAUUAUCAAGGUUGGAGGAGAGAUCUCGAAAACCAAGGAUGGAGUAAUUUCUCCAAAGGUUCUCUUUCUAGUCAUUCCAGGCAAUCCUGGCGUACCAGAGUUUUAUGAGGUGUUCUGUCAGACCCUGUACAAGGCAAGCGGCUACACCAUACCAGCAUGGGCAGUGUCACAUGCAGGUCACAGCGAGGUACCGCACAGCAUACAGGAGAAACUGAGAGCAACGGACCGUGAUGAUGAAAUUUACAACCUCCAGCAGCAGAUUGAGCAUAAAAUGGCUUUCAUUGAAGACUGCAUCCCUCCAGGAGUCAAGCUCAUCCUGAUAGGUCAUUCUGUAGGAUGCUACAUCAUUGUGGACCUCAUCCGACGCAUGCCCAAACUCAACCUCCUGAGGGCGGUGUUGCUCUUCCCCACCGUUGAGCACAUAUGGGACACCCCAAACGGACGAACGAUCGGGAACAUGGUGGUGUACCUGAGAUGGGCGGCGGUGGCUCUGUCUCACAUCGGCUAUUACCUCUCGGACUGGGUGAAGUGGAGACUGAUACAGUGGUGGUUCAAAGGCAGAAAAAUCCCAGACUGUGCAUUCCAUGCCAUCCAACAGCUAACAGACCCAGCCCGCAUCCACAACAGCAUGUACAUGGCCGCCACAGAAAUGGAAGAAAUUCUGGACGCGGACGUCUCCACCAUCCAGGACCACCUUGAAAAGUUCACCAUGUACUACGGGUCAAAGGACAAUUGGGCUCCGAGAAGCCACUACGAGAGCAUGCGCAGGCGGUUUCCAGAGGGCGACAUUCGAUUAUGUCGGCGGGGCAUGCAGCACGCGUUCUGCUUAGAUUCGAGUGAACUGAUGGCAGACAUGGUCUGGAAUUGGAUGAGCUCGUCCAUUCAAGAGGUUCAAUGAUAGAUAGAUAGAUAGAUAGAUAGAUAGAUAGAUAGAUAGAUUGAUAUAAUGUUAUUUUGAUUGACAAUUGCCUCAUGAAGUGACACUGUGAAAUGUCAGGUUUUAAAAUAAUGUGAAAGGAAGUCUACAAAUUAUCAAGUGCUAUUCAUUUCUGUUAUAGAGAAAGUGGCUUCAGAUCAGUCAAAUUCUAGAACUUUGAUGUUGAUGUGGUAAUUGUACAAAUCAUGUGUCAUAUCAAGUAUCCAGUUUUAAGAGCUGGAGUCCCAACUAAAAACAAAUUAUUUCAAGCAGCUGCCAUUUUCUAAGGUUACACAA